UUCGUUCAUUUCUGAUUGAUUGUAUCAUUAUCAUUAACGCUAUCUACAGAGACAAGAAACUUUAUUCCUCGAAAUGCGGAUUAUUAUUGGACAUGGCAGUAUCUGAUAAAUCAGUUGCUGUAUCUUUGACCGCAGAUAUCUCGUCUGAUAGUGCAGUAAGUGAUGAGUGGCAAGAACUAACUAAAUCAGACUAUGCUAAAGUUAUAUUUUCUGACCUAUUGUAUAAUGUAACUUCAGGGACUGUGGAAUGUAAAUUCCAAAUUACAGAUAAUGUGCAUGAAGACCCCAACGACUAUGUUGGAUUAUUCCGUAUAGGACAUGAAGAUUUAUCACAAUGCCUUGUGUCUAAAAUGUUGUCUCAAACAACAUGUGAAGAUGAUGGUAAACUUCAGCGUUGUGUUUUUACAUCUGAUGAGCUCCCCUGUCUUAAUGAUGGAUUCUAUCAAUUCCUUUAUGUGACUCGUGACCAAGAAGUCUGUGGAGCUAGUAUGCCUUUCUUAAUAAACAUGUCACUUGUUCAGCUAAAAGAAAGUCCUACAGACAGCAGUGCUUCAGAAAAUAUGGAUGGUGGCUUUCUCUUAGUGAGCAAUGAAAUAGAAGGUAAAGGAAAAGAGUCUAAUGAGCAUAAAGAAACAUCAACACAAAGUGUAUUGUCUGAACAAAAAAAGGAAGAAAUUGCUGCUUGGGUUUCACAAAAUCCAGACUAUUAUUUGUUAAUUGAACAGAUAAAAGAACACACUUUUACCAUUGAUGCUUUACAGCAAAGUAAAGAUCUUGCUAUGAAGGAAGUGGCUCAGCUGUAUGAAAUUUUAAACACCCAAAAUGGGGAGUUAAUUCAGUUGAAAAAUAUGUUAGCUGCCUAUGAAGAAAAGAUAAAAAUGAGUCAGUGUCUCCAAGAUGAGAAGAAUGCAGCUAUUACUGAAAUGAGAAAAUCUUUGACAGCCUAUGAAGAAAAAAUAAAAUUACAUGAGUGUCUUCAAAAUGAGAAAGAUGACAAGUUAAGUCAAAUGAAAAAAGAAUACCUUCUGCAAGAAGAAAAAUUAAAAACUAGUCUUGCCUUUCAAGAUCAGCAACAAAUUGAGAUCACUGUUCUGAAAAAGAAACUAGAGGAAAUGAAAGAGAGGCAGAAAGCAAAAGAAUGUUACCAGGUAACUACUGAAAAGGGAGGACAUUCUAUGGAAACUGUAUUACAGAAAACACAGGACUUGGUAUGUAUCAUUAGUGCUGCAAUAAAAAAUCUUGACUUCACGGAUGAAGAUGAAGUGGAGAAAUUUUUUGAGUUGAAAACUCAGCUGCUCAUUAUUUUGAGUAAAAUGGCACGAGCAACUGACCUGGCCAACAUUUGUGACCGAAAUGGAUUGCAUAAAAUAAUUCAUUCUGUAAUUGAAAAGGAUAUGAAAGGAAACAGCUGUACUGUACCCAUGACAUGUGCUUUUGAAGAUAAAGAUCCAGUAUUGGCAAUUGCUACAAAUGCAGGUCCAUCCAAACUUAAAAUACCUGAUUUUCCUACAUCUUCAACUGCUAAAAUUCCACCAUUAGUAAAUUCAAGAGAUAAAGAGGCUGCAAAUGAAGAUGCAUCAAAGAAAAGUGCUCAAAGAAUUUCUGUUAAUAACGCUUUUGAAUCAGAAGUGUUGGAACGCCAAAUCAUUGAAUUGCCCAGAUUGGAUGUUAUUAAUGAAGCCACAGUCAAGACAUUACUGGUGGAUAAGCCUUUGGAUAUAGAAGAUGUAACUGUUAUAAACAAAUUGACUGAAAAGAUCAUUAAAAGAAGUUUCAAUUUAUAUGAAAUAAUUGAGGUAGAUGAUUCUUCCUCAGAUUCUGGAUCAGAUGCAAGUGAAAUUUCAGAAUGUUCUACAUCUUUAAAAAAAGAUUUGCAAUCUGUGGGCAGAAUAAUGCAAGCUUUAUCAUGUCUCUCUAAUCAGACUAUUUUGGAGCAAUUAAUUGUGACUGAAAAUGAAGAGGACAAAAAUCUGAUACAUAGGAAUGAUUGGCAUGAAUUACUGCAAAAAUGUGCAUUGCGUUAUCAAAUAGAAAUUUUGUUCGAGCACAUUGAAAAACAGAAGGAAGGCAUCAAAAAGGUGUCUGAGAAGAUUUGCGAUUUACUCACGAAGUGUAUGGUAUUGAAUGAUGAAGUGUCUGACUCAAAAGCUGUACGUGAAAAAUUGCAGGCUGUUAUAGAUAAGAAAGACAUGCUUAUUGAAAGACUGAAAGGAGAAAUUGAAUUGAAAAAUAAUGUCCUCCUUCACUUUUGUAGUCAAAAGGAAGUACUGGAAUACCGAAUGGAACUUGCUGAAAGAACCAUUGAAGACUUUCAUGCUCGUAUUGUAGAAGCUUCUAAUUUAUAUAAACAGCAAUAUAAAGAAAUCGAGAGGCUGUCCAAAAAAUUAAGAAAGUAUAAAUCGGUGAAAGAUAAGCAGAUGAAAUCUUCUGAAGGAGAAUCCUCUCAGUCUUUAUGUGAGAGCUCAAAGACCACAUCUUCCUUUGAAGUGGUGAAAAAGGAUUCAGUACAAAAUAUCAAUGAUUCUGAUACUGGUGAACACAUGUUUGAAAAAGCUUCAUUAAUUUCAAAUGAGAAAAACAAUGAUUCAAAAUCCAGUUCUAUGGGCCAUGCUGCAAUUGAGUCUGUUGCGGAUAUUUUAAAUGGCAAAGCAGAAGAACCCAUCUUUGAUGUAUGUACUGCGACACACAGCAUGAAACAUAAACAUCCUAACAAUUCUGUACAAGGAACCGAAACACAAACACUCUCAAACAAAGAGUUAAAGACUCCCACUGAAAAUUGUUCUGGUCACCUCAGCACAUUUGAUGAUUUAUUACCAUCAAUCUAUGAGUCUAAAAAUGAAAAUUUGGCUGCCCAGACAACUGCCAGGAAUACUGAAAUUGUUGAAGUCAAAUCAAAUCAGGCUUCACUUUUUUCAGAUUUUGCAUCAUAUGAACAUUUUCAAGAAGUAAUUAAAGGAAUUUUUGCAAAUAUUAAAAAUCCUGCAACAUCAAGGAAUUCACUGGAAUGUUCGAUCUCUUGCUAUGUUUGUAAAGGGAUGUUUUUUGUGGGCCCUGAUGGUCCUGAGGAUCUGAUAAAUCAUCUUGAAAGUGAACACUGGAUGAAGACAUGUCCAUUUUGUGGUCAGCUAUUUGAAGAAGCAGUUCCUCCAAAAUAUUUUCAUAUCCACGUUGAACAGCAUUUUGAAACUGAAUAAAAAUUCUGUGUCUUUUUUUUUUAUAUCAUUGUACUAGUUUUUAAUAAAAAUAUUAAAAAAAAACAAAAACAA